CUUUAGUUUCAGACGGAUUUUCGGGACUAAGAGAGAAGGUAGUGGAAAAAAAAUAUAAAAGAAACAAUUAUGCCUGGGCAGGAAGUAGACAUGGACAACCGUGAUCCAAACAGCCUGAAUGGCCAUAUACUGGUUAACUUUGAAGAUGUGUUUGGCGAACCAGAAGGUGUACGAUCUAUGGACUGUGUUUGGAAGAACAGCUACUCCUGCUUUGAAUGCGGCAAGAACCUAUGUUACAAGUUGUUGACCUUCCUAUGUGGACUUUGUAUUGCUCUGGAAUGGGGCUGCGAGUUCGCCAUGCUGACUUACAGCCAUGUUUGGUGCUGGACACCAUGCUUGAGGGACUUCUCCAUUACUAUGGGUUGUGCCCAGAAAUUCUUCCAAUCGUGUCUCUCCUGCUGUGUAGGGCCGUGUUGUGAGGCAAUUGGAAAAAUUUUCAGCCAAGUCAAGAUACAGAAAUCAUAGGACUUAAAAGCUGAACUUAUUUGAAACUCUCAUAUAAAACCGGAAUCUAAUAAAUGUGACUUUUACAAAAACCCUUUAUCUCAAUGUGUUUGAAGAUGUUUAUAAAAUCAAUAAUGAUAACUAUCAAGAUAAAGGUUUAACUUCUAACUGAUCUUAAAUUAUGUUAUUCUAAAUAAAUAUUUACUUGUUUACUUUCUCUUUAGAUUACACAAUAAAAUGAGAUAUUUCAUUGAGGAAAA